AGCAAUGUUACAAAUGAGAAGAAGUCGAAGAAACGGAAAGUAUUGAAUAUUGAAAAGAUUACUGGCGUUUCAAUGGAGGAGUUGAUGAGAGAAGAAGAGGACGAAAAGCCUAUUGACUCAACGACUUCCAGUUCGAAACAAUCUUCAGCAUCAAAAGUGCUCAACCUUCCAAAUCCAAAGAAAUCGAUCAAUGGUUCUUCAAAGUUGGAAAAUGGUGAUUCAAUUAGUCGUAGUUCUGAUGAAAGAGGCCAUGAUUCGUUAUUAGAAGAGCCGUCUUCUGUAAAACAAGAUCAAACUCCGGCGAUUACAUAUAAGACUGUCUAUCGAACUUCCACUCCUUCUACUGUUUCCGUUUCACCCCCAACUGCAACUACAACUGCAACUGUAACAGACACACCAGCACCGCGUAUAACGUCUGGGUAUGGCGGUAGCUUUUCACAGAGCCAGUAUGAAGCAUUCAUGCGUCGAUCAGGGAUGCUCGACACAGUGAACGCAGAGUCCACGUCUUCCAUCGAGUUUAUGGGAGAAAAUAUGAAAUGCUAUGAUAAAGAAAUGAUUCGAGCUCUGAAGGAUGGAUCCGUGAUUGAGCUGGACUCGAACUCCAUUCAUAAUCACCUAGAACAGCCAGGAAAUGAAUAUUGGGAACACAGAGAGGUUGGGUUCUGCAUGAACGCUCAUUGUUAGAAACGAGCAAAGAUCGCUGAGCAAUUCGGCAAGUACGCUCACACAGCGCCAACCCAGUUGCAGCAGACGCGAAACCAGAUAUCCUACUUGGCUACAAAGGCCAUUGAUGAUUUGAUGGAUUUGGACAAGCGGCGAGCGAAUGCCCGGAAGACGCGAAAAGAGAUUCGUGCAAAAUACGGAUGGUAGUUGCUGUUUUUGAAUUGUUUGAUAUACAAUCAAGGGCUUGACACUUCUUUAUACAGAGGAAAAGAGGCGUUCAAUUGUACCCCCAUAGUGCUAGAUUUUCUCUCCAUAUCUGAUUGAUAUACCAUUCAUCACUAAGAAAUGAAGUACAAGUAUGUCGAUGCGUCCAUUCUGCUGAAGAGAAAGCAAUUAGACGUGAGGGUGGUGUGAUGUGGUUUCGUUUGAAUUAUUACAAUGGGAAUUGUUUUGUUUUUGUUCUCUCUAUUUGUGGAGUCGUACCUAACGUUGUUUUAGUCCUUCUGUGUCUUCUUCUCGUCGCACUACCCGCAAGGCUCACUUCACGGCCCCUUCUCACAUCCGCCGUGUGAUGAUGUCUUCUCCCCUGUCUGAGGCGCUCAAGAACAAGUACAACGUCAACGCUAUGCCCAUUGUGAAGGGAGACAAGGUGAAGAUCCUCCGUGGUUCCUACAAGGGUAAGGAGGGAAAGGUCACCGAGGUCUACAGAAAGAAGUGGGUGAUCCACGUCGAGGGAAUCAACCGCGACAAGGUCAACGGAUCCAGCGCGAAGGUGGGCAUUGAUGCUUCCAAGGUGGAGAUCAUCGAGCUCAAGCUGAGCAAGGACCGCAAGGCUAUUCUGGACCGCAAGAGCCGUGCUGCUGGAGAGAAGUAUACCGAAAAGGAAGUUGCUAACCUUGAUUAAGUGAGAGCAGGAGCUUCAUGAAUUGGUAUAUUUACA